AGGUAGAGAGUACAGAGGACAGAGAGAAAGGGAGAGAGAGGGAGGGAAAAGGAGCCAGUGGACAGAGAGGGAGUGAGAUUGCGGAGAACAGAGCGAGGGGGAGAGGGAUUGCACAGAAUCACACGCUCGGAGAGAUGAAAGCAUGAGAGCGCGAGAGCGCACAUGAGAGAGGAGAGAGGGGGAGCAGGCGAGAGACGGAGAGACGGAGAGCGAGGGAGACGCGUGUUCUCUGCGCGGCGGGCUGCGGGAUCGCGAGGCGUUCGCACGGGGCUCAGGCACGCCGCCGUGCCGCCGCUCACUCGGCCGGAGAAUGGGAGCGGGAUCGGGGCGCCCAGGGGUCCCCCCGCCGCCAGGUCCGCUGUCCCCCCGCGCGGGCGGGAGACGCUGAGGCUCGCCUCUCUCCCACCGCUGCCGCCGGGCGCCGCCGCCAGGACUGACGCCGACGCCGACGCUCGUCCCUCCGACCGCAGAACCCCCAGCCGGGCUCCUCGAAGCCACAAGUAAAAAAAGCGAGAUAUGAGUUCCAAGCUCCACUCAGACUGGAUCCCGUACAGCGUUCUAGAUGAUGAGGGGGGUAACCUCCGCCAACAGAAGCUGGAUAGACAGCGCGCCCUACUGGAGCAGAAGCAGAGGAAGAAACGGCAGGAGCCGCUGAUGGUGCAGUCCAAUGUGGACAGCCGCUCGCGCGCCCGCCGGACCAAACAAUCCGAGGAGCAGGCCCCUCUGGUGGAGUCCUACCUCAGCAGCAAUAGCAGCACCAUUUACCAUGUUCAAGAAGCAGAGCAGGAGGAGGCCGUAGUGGAAUCCCAGGCUCCCCGCUCAGCUAAAAAGGCCAAGGCCACGGGCUCCACCCCGCAAGCUGGCAGUGCCAAAAAGGAGAAAAAAGGGAAGCACAAAGGGAUCGAUGGACCAGCUGGCCUCCAGGAAGAGGUGCGGGACCUGGGCAGUGAGAUCCAGAUCCUGAAGGUGGGCCGGCUGGCUGCGGGUGAGGGAGAGGGCGAGGCAGACGCUGUGAGCAGUGGCCAGCCGCAGGGGAAGCAGGACUUGCGGGUCACCAUGUUGAAGAAAGGUAUUUCCAGUAGUAUGAACUUUGACGAAGAGGAGGAUGAUGAGGACGAAGAUGACGAAGACACUUCCAGUUCCUCCCAGCUCAACAGCAGCACCAGACCCAGUUCAGCCACCAGCAGGAAGUCCAACAAGGACGCUGCCUCAGCACCCACCGCCCUCGUCAGUGAGCAGGCCAUCGAGGUGGAUGACCUGGAGGAGUUCAGCCUGCGACCAGCACCCCAGGGACUGACCGUCAAGUGCAGGAUCACCCGGGACAAGAAGGGCAUGGACCGGGGCAUGUACCCCACCUACUACCUCCACCUGGAGAGAGAGGACGGCAAAAGGGUGUUCCUCUUAGCUGGAAGAAAGAGAAAAAAGAGCAAGACGUCUAAUUACCUCAUCUCCAUCGACCCCACGGACCUGUCUCGAGGGGGGGAGAGUUUCAUCGGGAAACUGAGGUCAAACCUGAUGGGGACCAAGUUUACGGUGUACGACAGUGGCCUGAAUCCUGUGAAGACUCCGUCCAGCUUAGAAGCCAGCAACCUACGUCAGGAGCUAGCCGCCAUCUGUUAUGAAACCAAUGUUCUAGGCUUCAAAGGGCCUCGCAAAAUGAGUGUCAUCAUCCCGGGAAUGAACAUGGAGCACGAGAGGGUGUCCAUCAGGCCGAGAAACGAGCACGAGACCCUGCUGGCUCGGUGGCAGAAUAAGAGCACAGAGAGCGUGAUCGAGCUGCACAACAAGACGCCCGUCUGGAACGACGACACGCAGUCCUACGUGCUCAACUUCCACGGCCGCGUCACCCAGGCCUCCGUCAAGAAUUUCCAGAUCAUCCACGACAAUGACAUGGACUAUAUAGUGAUGCAGUUUGGCCGGGUGGCGGAGGACGUCUUCACCAUGGACUACAACUACCCCAUGUGCGCCUUGCAGGCGUUUGCCAUUGCCCUCUCCAGCUUCGACAGCAAGCUGGCCUGCGAAUAGGAAGCACCGCCCCAUGCUGACAUAACUUCCUGUUCUCUCCGCUCUCCUCCCCCACCAGGAUGGUUUCCUAGGGUCCCGUCCUGACUGCUUGAGAAAAACAAGAGCUCUGCCCCCUAAUUGAAUUGAGGAGGAGCUAAGGAGGAGGGGCUAAGGAGUACCAUAAGAUGCAGAUGUUCCAGCCUGUGUAGCUUUUCCCCCUGACUGAAGCUGGGGAUGUUGCUAUGGUUAUCUCUGUCUCAAUCUGCAGUGGACAAAAGCACAAACAGUGAAAUACUCAUGCAUUACAAGCUGCUUUUUCUUUGUAUGUUUGCUUAUUUUUACUGAUGAUUGUCAGGAUCAAAUCAUGACAAUGGUUAUUACUACUGCUGGUAUUUGUGACCGUAUUUGCGAUAUAUUAACACUGUUUUAUUGAUGGACAACAUUGUCAUUCAAGAGCUGAAAUCUGUGUUGCUUGCAUAACACUAACAGACUAAAAAUGUUCUGUCUUUGAUAAGCUGAAUUAUGUAUGAGAGAAGACACUGUAACUGUAAUCAUGUCAAAGAUUUGCAUUGCAUUUGGCAGCUUAAGCUAUUUAACAGUCGUUCAGUCAAUUCUGUCAAUAUCCUCAGCAUUAACUGCAAAACUGCAGAUUAAUUAACCUGUGUGAACAGCUUCGAAUGAGAGGUCAGCAGGUCAUGUCACUAGAUUGAAUUUAUCAGAAUAAUGGCCCUGAAGCGAUUGGUAUUAGUUUAUGUAGCUCAUUAGCCUACAGCUCUGCAUCGGAUUGCAAAUGUAAAAUGGUCAUGGAAUAUGCUGCAUUAUCCUAGGCCACACUUGUUGACAGAUUUUUAAAGUGUUUUUGUUAUUUAUGUA